GUGGGUAUGUAUGGCCGUAGCGCUGUUUUCAAGGAGGCCCGCGAAGUGAAAUUCCCAGAAGUUUGCACUAAUUGGGAUUCUUAUAAAGGGCGUUACAUGCAUGCUUGUUUUGUUAAGUAACUUUAGUUUAUGGGACAUUCAUCGCACACUCUGAGCAGAAAAUAAUUUUUUUUUUUAAUUUAUAAAAAUAUAACAUAUUCAUGUUUUGUCUUCAUUCAGUUUUCGAAUUCUGUGGUUUCAUAGAGUGCUCAUCUGCACUUCUGCACAUUCUUUCUUUGCAUAAGGCAUUUUAAGAAAUUUUAAGUUUUGUUGUACAUUUUUUUAGCGUCUUAACUCGUCUUUGAUCGAUUGUCUUUUUUAGAAAGUUAAAAAUUUUUUUUUGUAAAUUAUUUUUUUUUUAUGCAUUUGGUGCGUACGACGUGGAGAAGCAGCGAAUGAGAGCGCAUCAAGGUGCGCAGCCUGGGUGGACAACAUCCACAGGGGAAUUAUAAUACAGCCAUAGGCCUAUUUGCAGUGGCUUAGGAAUCUGUGUAAGGGGGCGAUCUGCUUAAGCGGCUUUUUUUUAUAGGGACUUUAUUUUCGGUCCACCGGACAAUCUUAAAAACCAAGCUGGGUUAAGUUGAAUUAUGCAUGUUGUAUGGUAUUCGUUUGAUAUGGGUGGUGAGAAAUCAAGGACUGCUCCAGGCUUCACAAAUUCUAGCUAUACAUUUCCAUGCAAUUUAAUCAGUAAUUCUUAAUAUCUAAUUCAUUUAAUGACUCGGUUUGGAAAAUAAAUAAAAACAAAAAACAGAAAAAAAAAACAAAAAAAACAAAAACAACAAAUGCAUACAAAAUUGAAAUUUACGCAUCCCAUUUCUGCCGUCUCGGGUGCUACAUUUCGGCUAAGAGUUAUUAUUUUUUAAAAUUUAAUUCUGGUUUUAAUGUUGUUUGUUCGCCUGAUGAAGGCAUCCUGCCGACACGUUGCUUGUUUUGUUGCGUUCCUUUUUUUUCAGGUUUUCCCAGAUAUUCUGUUACACUCAUUACCUUUUUUUUUUUUUCGAACUUGAUUGCAGUGUCUCCUCCUUAUGGCCACUAAAUCUAUUGCCCUAAAAUUCUAGGAUACCGCAGUUAUGUUGAGAUUUUAAAUAUCGAUUCCUUAACGUAAGUAAAACUAGUUUCUAGAAGGCAUCCUGCCGACACGUUGCUUGUUUUGUUGCGUUCCUUUUUUUUCAGGUUUUCCCAGAUAUUCUGUUACACUCAUUACCUUUUUUUUUUUUCGAACUUGAUUGCAGUGUCUCCUCCUUAUGGCCACUAAAUCUAGUGCCCUAAAAUUCUAGGAUACCGCAGUUAUGUUGAGAUUUUAAAUAUCGAUUCCAUAACGUAAGUAAAACUAGUUUCUCAAUACGAUAUCAUUUGUAGGUCCUCAAGAUAACCAUGACAAUUCAAGAGACUAAUUCUAGCCCCUACCGAAUGCUCGGACUACUUCUAAUUCUACUGGCUACGGGUAAGAAACUUUUAACAAUCAGUACGGUUUUCAUGAGAAAUUUAAGAUUUCCAGAAAUUUUCAAAAUGGAAAGAAUUGAGGGCUGGGGAAAGAGAUUCCUUUUCAUUUAUAUAUAAUUAUAUAUAUAUAUAUACAUAUACAUAUAUUUAUAUAUUUAUUUAUAUAUUUAUUUAUAUAUUUAUAUAUAUAAACUUAUAAAUAUUUAUUUAUUUUUGUGUGUUAAAUCUCGGAAUGAAAACUGGGAAACACAUUGUACAGCUGUGAUAGGAGUGUAACGUUGUGAAAUGCCUGGUACGUUUGUUAAAAAGGUGGUACGGUUGUUGUGUAUUGUGGUGUACGGCUGUGAAAGGCGUGGUACGGCUUGGGCAAAGGAGUGGUACGGUUGUGCCUCUGUUGACUUUGUGCAACGGCUUGAGCCCAUUCGUCCCUAAAAGUAGGCCAACUCCUCACGCAAAUAUGCCGCUUUCACCGCCAGGCCAACAACCAGGAAGACGACAGAAUUCCGAGAAAGCUUCUUCCCCUGUGAUUGUAUCAGCCAGUGGUCGCAUCAUCUCCACCCACGCGUUGUUUACAUUGUUCCCCUUGACUCCUUAAGACUGAAGGAUGGGGUUUUCUUAUGCAUGAUAUUAACACCCACUUGAACACAGGGGGGCCUGGGCUGUUCUUGUUCAGUGGGAUCAAUGCUACGUUUGAUAAGAGAAAUAGACUUUAAUUUUGGGUCGGGGCUGGGAUGAUGGGUGAGAUUUCAAGUGGGCAGUGGUUCUCAACCUUCCUAAUGCGAAUGCUCUUUAAUACAGUUCGUCAGGUUGUGGUGACCCCCCUCCCCCGACCAUAAAAUUAUUUCCGUUGCCACGUCAUAAAUAUGUCCUUUCCGAUGAACUUAGGAAACCCCUGUGUAAGAAUCCUUUGACACCGAGAGAGGUCACAACCCACAGGAUGAUAUCCGCUGCACUUGGGGGGUUAUCAUUUCCUAAUGCUUUGCUUACCCCGAUUACAUUGGAAUCCAUCUUUCCGUAUCACUUGAUUUCGGGAUUUCUAUCAAUUUAAUUUUUUUUAAAUUUAAAAUUAAAUUAAACUAUAAAGAAAACUUGAUUUUUGUUUGUUGUCCUCAUUUUUAUUUACUAUUAAUUAAUGAAUAAAAUGAAGCUGUUGAGGUCAGUUGAGAGGUUGGUCACUUGCUGCUAGUUACUUCACUUCACAUUCUUUACAUGUUAAGGUAAGUUGAGAGGUUGGUCACUAGCUGCUAGUUACUUCACUUCACAUUCUUUACAUGUUAAGGUCAGUUGAGAGGUUGGUCACUAGCUGCUAGUUACUUCACUUCACAUUCUUUACAUGUUAAGGUAGGUUGAGAGUUUGGUCACUAGCUGCUAGUUACUUCACUUCACAUUCUUUACAUGUUAAGGUAAGUUGAGAGGUUGGUCACUAGCUGCUCGUUACUUCACGUCACAUUCUUUACAUGUUAAGGUCAGUUGAGAGGUUGGUCACUUGCUGGUAGUUACUUUAAGUUGAGAGGUUGGUCACUUGCUGCUAGUUACUUCACUUCACAUUCUUUACAUGUUAAGUUCAGUUGAGAGGUUGGUCACUAGCUGCUAGUUACUUCACUUCACAUUUUUUACCCGUGCUAAUGGAUAACUAGCUAAUAAUAUUUUUUUAAUGCAAAAAAUUAAUAAAACUGUCUGCAGAAGAAAGAAGACAAACGCCAACACUUAGAACGUUAUGCAUUAUAUGUAGAUUGCCAACUCUAGUAUUUCAUCCGUCAUUAAAUAGUUAGUCUACAUGCAAAUGUUUCUAACUACUUGUAACAAAAUGUUCGUUUCGAAUAAAAAAACAACAAAAAAAAAAAAACAACAACAAGAACUAUUAGGAAUGUUAAUAGAUGUAUCUCUGUAACGUAAAUGUCUGACUAUGUUGAUUAUUUUUUAAAUCCAUUUCGUUUAAAACUACACAAUAAAAAGUUAGUUUGACACAUGAACAUCUUGUGAUAGUUCAGUUACAAGAGCAAAAAGUGUCCAGCCCAUGGGAGCUGACCUCACCUGGGAUUGCAAAGGGGGGGGGGGGCUUAUGUAUCUGGAGGGGGGGGGGAGGUCACCAUCUGAGACUAUAGACUUUCAGAGGUAGUGUUUUUUUUUAAUUAUUAAAAUGUUUUCUUAUCCAGGUAUUUACCCUACUCAAAAGCUCUUUCUACCAAAGUUAGUUUGACACAUGAACAUCUUGUGAUAGUUCAGUUACAAGAGCAAAAAUUGUCCAGCCCAUGGGAGCUGACCUCACCUGGGAUUGCAAAGGGGGGGGGGGCUUAUGUAUCUGGAGUGGGAGGGGAGGUCACCAUCUGAGACUAUAGACUUUCAGAGGUAGUGUUUUUUUUUAAUUAUUAAAAUGUUUUCUUAUCCAGGUAUUUACCCUACUCAAAAGCUCUUUCUACCAAAAUAUCGCGGUCACUUUGCUUCUAUUGAAUGUAGUUCGUGACUUUAACACGCAUGAGAACUUGCGUACAACAGUUACGGAGCGAAGUUAACCAGAUUUUUGAAGUUCUUUGCUCAUAGCUACAAUUUUUGUUAAUCUGUGACAAUUUGUGGCAAUCUGUGACAAUUUAUGACAAUCUGUAACAAUAUGUGAAAUCUGUCAAUUGCAAAAAUGUAAAAAAAAAUAACAAUGAUAAUACAUUAAAAAAAAAAAGUAUACUAAAAGUGUGCAGACGGGAAUCUCCCGGGAUGAAAAAUUCCCUGGAAGUCAUUUGUUUAGUUAAAAAUCCCACAUGUUUUUGCCAGUACAUGAGCCAUUCUAAAUUUUGCCCAGCUAUGUUCACUGACUUGUUCAUUCACUGACUUCUCGAUUCAUUCCUUUUGGUGUUUCUCUUCUGUAUUCCUUCAGCCCUUUCUUCUUUGAAUCAUUUGUUCCCCGACUGGGUUUUCUGCCGUUAAUUUGCUGUAUUACUUGAUGUUGUUGUUGUCCUUUGAAAUAAGGGAUGCGCCAUCUCUAUGCCUUCAGUUAACCGGGCAGUCACAAGCCCUCUCCAAGCUACAGAGGCCCGUUCUGAGAAGAGAGGCCUUAUAGAAAUGGCUAAAAUAAUCGAAUACUACACAAAGAGGUCGGCUUUUGACUACAACGGCUACGGGUGUUACUGCGGUCUUGGUGGUUCAGGCGUACCUGUCGAUGCUGUGGAUAGGUAAGUAUUGUUGGAUAGGUAAGUAUUUUUAAAAUUAUUUUAAUAAUUCGUUCGCCCCCCCCCCCCCCGCUUCGAUUUAAUGGUGGGGCAUUUUGCGUAGUCCUGUUUAAGUUUUUUUAUUUCUAGCCAUUAUUUCUGACUUAAUGUUAUUUACUUCAGUGGUUCCCGGGCACCUCGUGUAGAAGAGUGAAUAGAUUUGAUUAAUAAUUUGAAAAUGUGUGUCUUUAGCCCCUCGUCCCGGGUACCUUUUUGCAUAUUUAAGUAAAGGGUAAUAGUUUCGGUCCACAGCAGCAGGGAUAAAAGGUAAUGAGUAGACUAUAGGGCGCGGCGCAUAAUGUUAUUUUCCAAUGAAUUGUUUCUCAGGUCUUCUCUAAAACAUAUAUAUUCUACAUCACCUUUUUUAUGUUAAUUCAACUCAGCACAAAAAAAUAUAGUGGAGAAAAAAAACGGAAACAUUUUUUAGGUUAAAACAAAGAUGAGGAAAUAUCUAGCGCGGUAAUUCUAAAAUGGCGUCAUUGGACAGGAUGACAAGAUAGUAUGGUUUUCCCCGCUGAUUUUGAACAAAUCAUUUAUGAAUGAAGUAGCUUUUAAAAAAAAAUGAAAAAAAUUACUAAAGUUGGCCAUAGACCUAAACUGCCGCCACAUCAAAUAUAUAUAUAAAAAAAAGAAAAGAUUCGUUCCUUGCAACCCUCUCUCGCUCGAAGCUGAGGUCACGAGUCAUCCGUGUGACUGGCUUUUGAGUUCUCUAAAAAAUGUCCCCGUGUUUCUAAUACCUGUACAUUUUAUAGUUUGAGUUUUUAUUUAUUCAAACUGCACGGCAAGGUGCUGCAAGGGGCAUGACGACUGCUACAGCGGGACGAGCUGUUGGGUGACUCACCUGUCGUGGUCCACAUCGAGAUGCACCGGUGGGAGCUGUGUGUGCCUAGGUGAGUCUUGACGGACUGUGUGUGCCUAAGGUGAGUCUUGACGGGUGUUAGAAAUGCAUUUUUAAACGCUUGCCGUAAAAUUACCCGUGCACAUAUGUUUACAAAAUGAAAAAAACAAAAAAAAAACAAAAAAACAGGCCGAAUUAGCGUAAGGGUGAGAUGGAUUCGACCAAAGGAUACCUGCGGAUAUGACUCUUGGCAAAUAUGUCACCUGUGAGAUGGAACUCUGCUAUUAAUCACCCCGCUUUUUAGUGUUUUGCGCCAUCCCAUGUCAUUGACCUCGCAUGUUGCUUUAAAUCAGGGUUCAACUAAAGUUUAGUUUCAAGAAAAAUGUUUAUGUCAGUUGGUGGUAGUUGUUUGGUUUUGAUUGUUUCUCUGGUUGGUGGAUUGGCCAGUUGUUUGGUUAGGGCACAUGCAUGUAGUCAAGUGUUCAACAUACUUGCAUGCUAUGACUUUAAAAUAAGAUGCGGUGUUAACACUAAACGACAAACGGAUUGUUAAAAAAAAGCCAACGAAGUUCGUUAGUUUGAGGGUAGGUAGAUGGUAAGAGGAGGAUAAGGCGAGUGGGAGAGAUGCAUGCUGGUUUCGUAUGCCUUUAAGAUAGCAGUGGAGGCAUUUGGUGACCAGGGAGAAAUCUGGGCGAGACGCGCAUACAUUAUACACCAAUGUUACGGGUAGAUCAAUUGAAUUCAGCGUUUAUCUCCAAAAUGAAGUCACAAAGCUCGUUCCAUUUAGUGAUCUUGCAUACCUGUAGAUAUAUUUCAUGUUCAUAAGUCAUAAUUUGUUUGAUUACCAAUAGAAAUGUUUACAAAAAUUAAGUAUGAAUUUUAUCGAAAUAAAACUAAAAUGCAUGAAAUAAAAUAAAAUAUUGAUGAAUGUAAUGAUGGACUAGCACAACAUGACCUGCUCUUUUGACAAUGUAUCUCUUGACCAAUAUACAAUUAAUUGACCUUUACGUUUGCCAUUUGACACGUUUAUCGUGACGUAACCUGUAUAUUUGACAAUUUCAUCUGUUUACCAAAGUAAAAUCCAUUUCAGACAAAGUCAACUCGUGUGGAUACCAAGCCUGUCAGUGUGACGUCACACUUGGUCGGUGUCUGGCUAGUGCCCCGUACAUCAAAUCCAAUAUUCCGACGUGCAAAAAAGGUUGACCAUAUCCUCAUCAACACCCCUGUAAAUGACAGGUUGUUAAGACCACUACGGACACGCCAAAUGAAUGAAUCACUUUCAUAAAAUCUCUUCACAUUAGGGAUGAGGAGAACGUAUUUUUUCUACAUAAAAUCUUAAGAAAGCUGUUUAGAGCUAAAUGAGUGGACGAGAGCUGUUUGUUUAUAAAGUAACAUUUUAAAUUGUAUAUAUUAAUGUCGAGUUGCCUUGCUAAACAUAAAACUAUUGAUCAGACCUGACUUUUCAGAAUGCAAACACUGUUUGUGUGUGACGUGGUGUAGCCAGAGCCUUCAAGAAAGAUACAAAGUUUGUGGGGUUUUUAUAAAAUAAACUUCCAUGUCAAUACGGAUAUUGUCAUAGAAAUAGUGUACCAAAAAUAAUGUACAAUGCGUUUAAAUCAUUUAUGUAUAUAAUCUCUUGUGUGUAUAUAUAUAAAUA